GUAAUUUCAAAGGUUGUGUACAUUUGUCGGAGUCUGCCGUCUGGGAACAUAACGUGACUGUGAAUUCAGAUCGUUAGUCGGUGCACGAGCUGCGGCCUGAGACACGAGCCCCACAAGUCUGUCUUCUCCUCCGGCCUGUCACCAUGAGUCCCUGACGCCUGUUCGUUGGGAUCAUUUGUCGCCAUGAGCGGUGCCGCGCUUGCCAUCGUGGUCGUGGUUGUCUUCUGCCUGGCCCUCUACCUCCUCCAGCGCUAUGGAGAUCUACGGAAGCAGCAGCGGAUGGUCCUGGUGGGAACCCUGCUGUCCUGGUACCUCUGCUUCCUCAUCGUCUUCAUCCUGCCGCUUGACGUGAGCACGACCAUCUACAAGCAGUGCGUUCUAGACAAUUCAAAUCAUUCAGCUGCCCUGACUCAAGCAAGACACGGUAAUCCAACCAAGGCCAACUCAUCUUCUUCUCCAUCUUUAAGUGUGCUAAGGGCGUGUGAAAAGCCCUGGAGCUAUAUCCCAGAUGGAGUCCUACCCGUGUUUUGGAGAGUUGUUUAUUGGACUUCCCAAUUUCUUACAUGGCUGCUGCUGCCCUUCAUGCAGUCGUACGCUCGGUCGGGAGCUUUCACCCGAGUCGGGAAGAUUAAAACGGCUUUAAUUGAGAAUGCAAUAUAUUACGGCACCUACCUCCUUAUCUUCAUCUCCCUGCUCAUCUAUGUGGCUGCUCAUCCACAGUGGAAACUCUCGUGGACAGAGUUCCAGACCAUUGGUAUUACAGCUGCCAACACCUGGGGCCUCUUCCUCCUGGUGCUGCUGCUGGGCUACGGCCUGGUGGAGAUUCCGCGUUCUUACUGGCUCUCGUCUUCCCAUGAUUACCUGCUUGCCAAGACCUACUUCAAGGCGGCGAAGAUGUCUAGCGAGAAGGCAGCGGCGGAGGAGAACCUAGCAGAUGUCAUGGAGGAGGUGGCAAGCAUACAUGAAUCUGUCAGGGACGGCCACUCUCUCAGGAAGUGUGUGGACACCAUUUUUACAAAGUGUCCCCCUGACUACCAGGAAGAGAUGAUAAGACGCGGGGAAAACUCUGCUGGCGAGCACAACGGCAUUCCCACCAAAAGAGCCUUAGUUAACCUUCAUAAAAAAGUAAUCUCUGCUGUGCAGAGACACAACCAGACUCAGGUUCAGUGGUGUAUCUUAUUAGAUGAGGCCUUCCAUCUGGAGGACGUAGCUAAAAGCCAGAGCAGCCCGCUCCGACAGUUCACACACAGCUUCCCUUCGACGGAGUACAGCUGGAUCCGUAGGUUCAUCUACACUCCUACCGUUGAGUGGUACUGGAAGUGUGUGUUCAGGCAGAGUUCCUGCAGGCUGCUGGCGGUCCUCCUGUGUCUCCUCUCCGCAGCAGUAGUCUGGUCCGAGUGCACCUUCUUCAGCACACGCCCUGUCCUCUCUCUGUUUGCCGUCUUUAUUCAGUUGGCUGAAAAGAAAUACAACUACGUCUGUAUUGAGAUGGCGUGCUUUGUCAGCAUCCUCUUCAUGUGCGUGUGCGUCUACUCCACAGUGUUCAGGAUACGAGUUUUCAACUACUACUACCUGGUGCCGCAUCACCAGACUGAUGCUUACAGCCUGCAGUUCAGUGGCAUGUUGUUCUGUCGUCUCACACCUCCUUUGUGCCUCAACUUUCUGGGCCUGAUUCACAUGGACUCUGCCAUCUCGCACCAGGACAGAAUCCAGACGUCCUACACCUCUAUCAUGGGCUCUAUGCGUGUGCUGUCUUUCAUAUCUGAUGGGUUCUACAUCUAUUAUCCCAUGCUCGUCUUGCUGCUCUGCUUUGCCACUUUUUGCAAUCUGGGUUCCCGGUGUUUGAACCUCCUGGGCUUCCAGCAGUACAUUACGCACGAUGACCUGACCUCUGACCUGGUGGACGAAGGCAGAGAGCUCAUCAGAAGAGAAAGAAGGAGAAGGCAGAAAGCGGAAGAUGGAGAAAAUCGAAAAUGGGCCUGGAGGGAGCGGUACGGCGUCCAGGGAGCCACAGGUCGUUCCAGAGCUGGCUACUCUGAGUUAAAGGAUAACAGUCCUGUAACAAGGAUGAAGAAAGAUGUUAGCACAUUUGCCAGGAGAGACGAAAGCACAGAUGAGCAGCAGACACGCUGGCUGCAGGACAACUCCAGUGAUGAAGGAUCGCCAAGCAGAAGGUCCUCAGCAGGGCGUUACCUGUCACUGUCGUCUCCCCCAAAGGGCAUCUUUGAUGAUGUUUAAAGAUAAGAAGGGAAAUGAAAAAGCCUGAAACCUGAUGGUCUUACAAUAACUGUUUAAAAAAACAUAGGGUUUCUGGUUUAAAAACAGGUAAUUCAGUCUCAAGGAAUCUCAGGAAAUGAAUAACUAGAGGAUAUGACGUGCACAUGCUCUCAGGUAAUGGAUAAAAGUGAAUACACCAACCUUAAGUUAAAUUUUAUACCUCAACUGGUUCUGUUACUGAUUCAUACAAAGAGAUCGGUAACUGUAAAAGGGUGUGUGUCAUCCAGUGCUUGAACUUGUUUGAUACAGCCAUACCCCUUUUUAUUAUUAUUGUUAUCAUUAUUAUUAUUGUUAUUAUUAUUAUUAUUAUUAUUAUUAUCUUUUGAACAGAAGUGUUUUAUUAGUAGAACAGUGUAUGAAAGAGUAGACAGAUAUUUGUGGUUUUUACCACUAUCUGAGUAUUUACCAGUAUACAUAAAUGACUCACUAUGCCGGAAACAAAAAUCAAAUACACACUCAGUGCAUGUUGACGCCUGUUUCAUGUUGAACUUUUUUCAUUUUGGACUGCAUUUCUAGAUUAAAGAUUCAAGAAUCUUUUGUUGUCAUUAUGUGUGUACAUAACUUGUAUGCCCUGCAGUCUCCAGCUAAUUAUUGAUUUUUGGACGAUUUUUGGUGUGCCGUUUUAUUGUAAAUAAAAUCAUUCUACCCCUUCA